AGCGCACACACACGUCGCGAGUCGCGAGCGAGCGAGAGAGAGAGAGAGAGAGAGAAUAACGCUACAGCAACAGGGGCGUAGUAAAAAACGUGGCGCUUCGAUCGGGGAACUAUAGUAUAGUAGGUGCCUCUAAUUGAAUGAAUGGGAAGGUUAGGGUGUCUAAAGUGUACCAUAUGAUGCAUCAUCAAUGGAAUUCGAGGCAGUGCGCAUGCGCCACUUGACGCGUUAAAAUUUGAAUAGUUGAUAUACGUCUUUGUAUAUUUAUAUUUUACAAUAAAAAAUACGUAUAUCAUUAGUAUUUACUUUAUGAUAUACGUUUACUUGUUUUAUUUAGAAAAAAGGUUAGGUGAAAACGAAAGUAAGCACGCAGACAAGUUCAAGUGAUUGAAAUCAACAAGUCAUGUCAUGUAAAUUUUAAAGAAAAUAUAAAUUUCUAAAAUUACGAAAAAAAAAGAAAAAAAUAGUAAACGCAAUUUAAACAUGAAUAAUUAGUGGUAUAUUUACAUACAAAAUUGUCAAGUCGCAAGCAUCGAUGCCUGGCAAUAUCGAACUGGUCAUUGAGAUCUAAAAGUUCGACGCGCUCUUUUCGAGCAUCCCGAUCCCCAAUGCCUCGCAAAAGGUCCAGACGUCAGGACAACAAGCCCUCAAGCAAACCCUACGGCUUCUGUUGUUCUCCGGACAACCCUCCUCUGAAAACCAAAGCUGCCAUUAGCCUAAGCAUCGAAAGCUUGGGUUCGUUGCACGAGUGUCCGGCUCUCCGUCUCCGCGAGCAGGUGAUCUCCAAACGACCUCGGCAGCCUCGACCCAAGGAUGGCGCCAAGAGUCCCAGGUCCAGUUCUGCGCUCAAGCUCAGUCUGCAGUCGUUGCAAGAGCCUGGGGGACUACUGCUGGACAAGGACGCGACCGAAAGCGCUCUGGAGCUGAUGAGGGAGAUCCUGAGGGGGAGGAGGCAGAUGGAGUACGAGCAGAGGAUGGAUCGGUGGGCCGCUAUCGGCGAAAGGAGAGGUUGGUGCGGUUCGACCGAUUUUCGUCGAUCAUUUGGUAGCUGAAAUAUCUUAAGCUGGAAUUGAAUGAUCGCAGUUGCAAAAGCUCAAGGAACUGGAGGAUUCCCUAUUCAAAGACAAGGAGGAAAAGACGACCAGCAGAACUCUGAACUCGCUCUUCGCCAUUGGCAUGAUGACCGAGGAGGUCAAAAUAGAGCCGAAGGAAGUCUCGAGGCUGCUCAACCAAUUCAGCGCUGAUCCGAUCAAGUUUCUCUACGAGGUCUACAGAGCCAUCAACGGAGAUUACUUCGAUAACGAAGAUUAUCGCCGAGAUUACAGCUGCAGCGAGCGAAUAAUUCUGUCCGGAAUAGCUUUCCUCGAACUGCCGAGAAUCGUCUUAACGCUGCAUGAAAGACUCCCGCCAGUCGUCAAAUUGAAACUCCCGCCGAAACCAAAGCCACCCCAGGCGCUUCGAGCCAAAAAGAUGGAAUCUCCUCUGCUUGAAAAGUUGCACUUGCCGCCGAACUGGAGACUCUACGAGACAGAGCUUAUCGAUUGGCGGAAAAAGUUCUUUGCUAUUCCCAGACCUGUCGUAAUUCUACCGAAGCAAGUGGCAGGAAAAGAAGCUGCGAACAACAAGAUUGGUCGCGACGAGACGAUUGGAGAAAUUGAAUCUAAAAAAGCAACUAUCAGCAGCAAGAACAGUGAUAAAGCGAAGGAAAAAAUACCGAAAGAAAAGAGCGAUCAGGAGUGCGUCGAAGAGACCAAGACGGAUGAUCAUCGAGAUACUGCGGAAAAAAUAGCAGGUGACACAUCAGAAAAUGUAGAUACCGAGGAUGGUGCCGAAAAAAUUGAAACUCGUGAGCAAGAGCCUUCUCAUGCCGUCGCAGAAGAAAAUAAACAAGUUGCACAACCUUUUCCAAUACAAACCGACUGGACGAGUCCUCCAACACCCUGUCCCUACAAGUACCGCAAGCUCCUGAACCAGACAGGCUCUUUAACUACCGACCAAGCUUUUUUCGCCGCCUUGAAUCUGCCUGAAAGUCCUCACAAAAGUUUCCCUUCCGGUAGAGAGAAUCUCUCCCUAAAGCUGCAGCAUUACCUGCUGGACGUCGAGGCAGACUUCUUCAAGAUGACGGAGGAAACGAAUCGGCUGACCAGCGAGGUUGGCAGGAUCGCUCAGGAAAUUUUCGAACCGGAACGGAAGUGCGACGCCUGUUGCGCCUGCAGACAGACAAGAAAGACGCACCUGAGGUGGCACGCGACCAAAACGCCGCAUCAAGUCAUCGACGGAGUCCUCACCGAUGAGAGCAACAAGACCCAGGUGAUUGGCGCUCUGGCGAUGCAUUCACCGGCUGCGAGUGUCUCCUCGGCGAGCGAACCGCCUUACGUCCCGUCGCACGACAAGCACGUCAAGGACCUCGUGAUAGCGGGCAACGCGACGACGAUUGACAGCGAGAUCGUCAGGCAUGUGGCCGGCGUCACGAAAACCCUGGAACACGUGGAUCGCGAGGUCCUGCGUCCCGAUGUCGAAAUAGUCGGGAUCAGGAACGUUCCUCCUUGCGGCUGCGCUGACGAGGAGAAGGAGCUGGAGAUGGUGAACUUGGGUGGAGGAAAGGACGAGGGGAUGUGCUACGGAAAAAAGUUCAGACCGAAGGAGGGACCUGCUUAUUCCUGCGGAGAAUUCGGUAGGAAGGAUGAAGCUGAGGGCGAUUGUGGGUGUGGAGAGGGCGAACUCGAGUGCGUGAAGGAGGACGAUUGCGGCUGUGGGGACGAAACUGGUGUCUGCAUUAGCGAAGAUAGCCAGGUCGAAUUAAGGAUCGAUGUGAUGGAUGAAAUAGUCGAAGAACAAAUCGGUUUGCCCGUUGAUAUAAAAGAGGGUGCCGAGGCGGUAUGCAGAAAGUGCGGAAUGAAAUCGAAGACCAGAUGCAUGGAUAAGUUUUCUGAAAAAUUGGCGAAAAAGGGAAAGGGAAUAACUGGUAAAAUCUGUUCCUGCGACAGUUUGUCGGAAUUUCUGCAGCUAGACCUGACGAGAACCACGUGUGCCAAGCCUGAGAGAAGAUAUGACAAAAGCGAGCGUGAAUCUAGAAAUAUCAAGCUUUCGAGCGAAUUGAGAAGCUCCCGCAAGUUUUCGAGAAACAAAAUCAGUAAACCGAAGGAUGAUGUGAAAGUGAAGAAAAGUGUCGCAGCGGAGAGGAAGAGAAAGUCAUCUAGGAAAGGAAUAACUAGUGAUAAAGAGACAUAUGGAACAACUUUCAAAAUGCCUACAAAGGAUGCGAUUCGAGAAGGGACAUCGAUAGAAAAAUCAUCCUCCGACGGCGGGCCUUACGGAUAUCGCACAGCCUCGGAGCAGGCGCUACCGAUCGAGCGUACGAUUGCCUACCUCGUCGACCGUCAUCCUCCCGACUAUCCCGCCGAGGAGAUCCCGGUACGUCCUGGUGGUCGUCCUUGCCGUUGCCGCGAGAACCGCAACAAGCGCAAAACUUUACUCUACGGCAUCGGCGGACUCGCGAAAACCAUGGGGAGAAAUGCGGAUGAAACCAACGCGGAGAAGGUGAUAGAGGGAGUGUGUUGGCUUACACCGGAGCCAAGUAUCCGGAGGAGCGACGAGUACAUCCCGGAAUACGAGCUCUACGACUCGCCUUACGAGAAGCAAGUGUGCGGAGGUGCUGGCAAGGCUGCAGCCGUCGCAGGGGCCGGCACUGAGAAAGAAGAGGAAAACAGCGAAGAAAAUAGCACUAUAGUUAUGAAUUCGCAAGAAGACGACCGCGCCCGAGACUGGGAAAACGCCUUUACCGAUCCCUACCUGACGGAAUUUUUCACGAAAACGCGCGAAAGCCUUCCUUGCUGGGACAAGCGCACCAAGCUCCGGAAGAAAACCGAGGAACCGAGAAAACUGAGGGUCAUGAAGCCCGUCUGCGAGUGCAAGUACGAGCGGAGAAUCGUCAAGCGGAACGAAGAGCGUCAAAGCUGGAUCGAUCGGCAGCGCAAAUUGAAAUCGAUGAAGAAGCAGUCCUUCCUGCACAUCGACGGCAUCGCCAAGGUUGCAUCGAUCAGCUCAGAAGAGGAAAACAUCGAUCCGAAUCAAACAGUCGUGUCGGCAGUGACGAUGCAGACUCCUUACAACACGCCGAUCCACAGCCGGUCGAUUUCGCAUCUUCCGUACGUUCCGCGGGUACCGAGUGCAAACGUCGUAGCGACAAGUGUCGAGGCGCCGCCUGUUGCGCAAGAACCGAUGCCUGAGCGGAUGGAUAAAUCGUCGAAUAAAAAGAAAUCUUGGAAGAGAAGGUCUUCAGCGAAGAGCAGACAAUUGACGGGUGCGGCGCAGCUCGAGAAACCGAGCAUUUACGGCGCGGACGAGGCUAAUACCGAUCGUCAAGUCGCGAGCGACGAAGCUGGAACAACAACAGUUGAACCUGAAAUUGCCAAGAGCAGUGUACGCAAGGAAAAAACAAAAAGGCGCAUGAGCUUUUUCGAUCGGUUGCAGGGCAAGCUGAUGAUUAGAAUGCGCCGAGAAUUGGACAAUAUGACCAACGAAGGCUUCGUCUCGCUGAAGCUACCCGAUUACCAUAAAAUACCUCAACUUUCGUACUGGAUUUCCUACAGAGUCAGGGGCAUGUGUUUCACAGAAAAAUACAAAAAAGAGUUAAUGGAAAACUCGAUAAAAAUAUGGAACGCCAAAGCUCACCGAGCAAAGAACGAAAUUCGCGCGGAGUACCUGAAAAUCGCGAAAAAAGAUCGCGAUAAGAUAGAUUUCAACAGAGCACGACAUUGGAAAAGAAAGAUAAGAAGAAUGAAAAGCCAGUUUUAUGAAAAUUUGCGCCAAGGCACCGUCAACACCGGUAGCGAAUUGUGGCGCACUAUGGAGUUCGGCAAGUUUCCGAACCUUCUCUUCAAGCAAGCCUACUUUACAUACCUUCCAGCAAAAGAAGCAGACGCCUAUGUUUUCCGACCUUGGCCAAGAUGAUUUGCGCAGCGCGCGACUAAUUCCGUCACGUACAGGCUUGUUAUUUUUUAUCAAAUAUGACUUGGCUAAAAUGCGUCGUAGUGUCUGUUUCAAAUCAAUUUUCCUUUUGUUUGACUGAAUGUUAAACUAUGCAAAUCGGUUUUACACCGAUUUACAUACGUCUAACACUCAGUCAUUUUUAACUUUUUUGGAAUUAUUGUACUUGGAAGUAUAGAUAGCAUUAUUUUAAUUGGAAUUAACUUGACAAAGGAUAGAUGUACAUAAACACUUGUUUGGGUGUAAGAUUCGUUUCCUACAUACAUAUUUUUAUUGCAAUAAAAAUACAAAAUUUAUACAG